CUUAUGCAAGUGGGUUGCAGAUUGUCAUUCUAAAAUUUAGUAAAUAAAAAUAAUGGUAGCGACGAAUGAUAAAUAUAGUGAUAUGCUAUUACUAUUAUUAAAAUUCAUUCAGAAAUAAAAUUAUAAUUGCAAAUUAUACUAUAUAUUUCUGAAUAUGGCGUAUCGUUAUCCUGAUAUGGGUUCGCCAAAUGAUUCCAAUGAUGAUGCGUAUGUGUCGGACUUUCCUCAGCCGUAUGGAGCAAAUAAUCCGGAUGCUGAGUAUGUGAAAAAGGCUGGUGUCCUUGUUGAUGAAGCUGACGAGUUUGGUGUGACUGCUAUUACCUUUGAUAAGUAUGAGGAACUUAUUUGGAUGGGCCAUGCUGGGGGACUCUUAACCUCUUUCUAUGGACCAGAUAUGAAAAAAUAUACUUCAUUUAGAGUACAUGCGACAGAAGCAAUAAGAGAUAUAGUAACAUUCGAUGAAGGUAUAUAUGUACUGUCAAAAACACAAUUAAGGCAUCAGAUAAGAAGAGGUAUUCCGAAGUUUACUCAUACAUCCAUGCACAUGUCAGAUAUGCAAUGUCUCUUCCAAGCAGGUCGAACUAAACUGUUAAUGGGAGGACACCAAAACACGCUCAUUGAAUUUGAUGUUGCACAGAUGUAUGAGACAGUUGUUCCUAUAACUGAAGAUGGUUGUGCUGUACUAAGAAGUGGGGGCGGUUCGCUAGUGGCGUGCGGAAGUGCCAAUGGAAUGGUCAACCUUCGCGAUAUCAGGACACCGGCGAUUUCCACUCAUAUAUUCAGGGCGCACACCGGAUGUCUAUCAGACUUAGAUAUGCAAGGGAAUAUGCUUAUCAGCUCUGGAUUUACAGAUACAGAUUCAGCGCAAGUACCUGAACAGUUCGUGGUGGUUUGGGACGUCCGUCACCUGAACGGUACCGGAGCGUGGACGAUACCUGUCGCGUCGCCACCGCUGCUGCUACACUUUCUGCCCUCAGUGUCGGGCAAGGCAACCGCGCUGUCGAGCGAUGGCCACGUCACGAUACUACACGUCAACGAACCUAGUGAAGCAGACAAACAAUCUGUUUUUCAGGUGGACACUCAGGGAUCGUUCUGCAGUGUGAUGGAUGUGUCUUCAACCAGUCAAGCGUUUGUGUUUGGAGACGAAGCGGGGCACUUGCAUUUGUUCUCCUCUAAACACAAUGACAAACCUGUCUUUAAUAAUUUCUCAAGGGAAACGGAAUUUGCGACUCCAUUCAGAAUUCCUAGAGCUGGAUUCAACGAUCCAACAUUUCGAAUCCCAUCCGUACCGUGUCCGCCUCUCGCCUCUGGGACCAUGCCUUUCAACGUAUUGCCGGACGAAUUCUUCAGGAGAGUUUUCAGGAGACCCAAACCGAUCGAUCCAGAACUAUUGAGGAUGAUAAGGAUGCAGGGACCGAUUGGAUACGCACCGAACCCCAACAAUAGGACUCACAAUCUGUAUCCAUACAUCGACGACAAUUUGGACGACCUGAACAAAUCAAGAGUAUUGUCCGUCAAACCGCCAAAGGAAUAUCAGAAGAUUGUUAUAGUAUAUAAUAAAAAUGAACCUAAUGCAGAAUUGGAGAGUCUCAACAAAACUGGUUUACCAGGGAUUCAGGCUACCUUACCUAAUUCCUACUGCAAUCCUAUGUUACAGAUCUUAUACAACAUGGCGCCGUUGAAGGCAAUACUUAUUGCACACACUUGUACCAAGGAGUUCUGUCUUACUUGCGAGCUAGGAUUCCUUUUCCAAACACUGGACAGGUCGGAGGGCGCACCGUGCGACGCCAACAAGUUCCUGCAAGCUUUCCGCACCGUGCCCGAGGCGGCUGCGCUUGGAUUGAUACUUCCAGACCAUCCCACAGAGAUAAGAGACGACCUCGUCUCUUUGAUACAGAGUUGGAGUCGUUUCAUAUUACAUCACGUCCAUUUCGAGUUAUUGGACACAUGGCAUGAGGAAAAAGAAUCGGAAGCGCUCUCUCAAGGUGCGAGUCAACCGAGGCCUAAAGUGAAAAACAUGAAAAGACAAAUGAACGGACACUCGGAGGAGCAUCAUAAUCAUGACGGUCAACAGUUACAGAAUGGAUCUCAAGAUAGUUUCAAUAUCAAUGGUCUAGUUAAAGUUCUAGAAGGUCUUCCACGCCUAGACACCAGAGAACUUCCAAACAGACAAGUAUACAAGAAACUGGAUUCUCAUAUAUCUCAACUGUUCGGAAUCGCGCGGCAACAGUUGAAUAAAUGUUUUAAAUGUAAUAAAGAGGAAGAACGGGAAUGUGUUGUUCUCGCGUGCGCGCUGCAGUAUCACAUGCCUGGGUCGGGAGGCCUGCUGGAGCUCAUCCGCCAGUCGCUGUGCGAGCGCCGGUCCACGCACGCGUGGUGCGAGACCUGCGGCCGGUUCACUCCCACGACGCAGCGCUCGCGUGUCAUCAGACUACCGCCAAUUCUGUCCGUCAACUGCGGUGUGUCGGCAGAAGAAAAGGCAUUUUGGGGAAGCGGCCCGGCUAAAGAGACGGCAAACAUGAGGCCGUGUCGAUACGGAAUCCAGUGCACGAGACCCGGUUGCAGAUAUAAACAUCCUGAAAGAAGUGGUAACGUGUCCCAAUCCAGCAGCGAGACCCACGAACUGAAGUGCAUGCUACCCUACCACUUCCAUGUUCGUCUACAGGCUGAUGGCGAGGUCUACAUCAGUAAUGAGGAUGACCAAUCGCACGGCCUGAGUAAGCCGGAGCACAGCAAACAGAAGAAGGCACCCGCCUCCGAGGAGUCGGAGUACACGCUGACCGGCGUGGUGCUGAGUGUGGACGACCAGCCCCGGCAUCUGGCGGCCUACUGCCGGCGACAGGGCCAGUGGUACCUGUACAACGACCUGGGCAUCGUGGAAGUGGACGAGGAGGAGGUGGUCCACUACGAGGCCUGGUGGAAGUCUCCCUGCGUGUUGUUCUACACCAACACCAAGGUGCUCCACGCGAAGGAUAUGACAGCAAUAUCCUAGCUGUUCCUCGGGCCGUUUGCCAUGAGCAACGGCCCGUCCGCUGAAGACGUCAAGUAUAUCCGUUAAAGUAUGGGGCGACCCCACACUUAUAUGAACGGAUAUGAACUUAAUGAAAAAACUAUGGUGUAACUUAAUGAAAAAAGUGAAUCUGAAUAAGUGUAGUGUUAGUGCUUCUCUCGUAAGUGUGCGCUCAUUAGAUAUAAGAGAAAAUAGUUUAGUAUUUAUUUUUUAAAGAAUUCCAUCAAAAUUAUCGUGUGUUAAACAUAUAUAAUUUUUAGGACCUAAAUAUAACACAAAUGAAGAAACCAGAUAUGUAAAAAGUGGCAGAUAACUAGAUAGACUGUAUGAGCUGUGAAAACUUGACUGUUGACUGUUAACCUCUAUUUUGAGCAAUGCACGCACACUAACAUAAAAUGGCACACAAAUCGCGAGUGUAAGACGUAGCUUGUCACGUCCACCAAAGUAAUAAAACUUGCCUGUUUUCAUGGCUGUCCGUGUGUUGCUGGAAAUGGAGGUUAACAGUUCGCUGCUACUUUUUUCGACAUUUUCACAGCUUUCAAAAUCUAUCUAGAGGUAUAAAUUAUUUAAGAGCCACGCCUUCAUUGCUUCAUUGUAUUUUGAAUGUGUGCCUUCGAUCAAUUGAGAUCAAUCGAGUGAUUGAUUACAUAAACAUUGAACAAAACUUGUAGUCACUAAUCUUUAUUUAUUUUGGUGCAUACGACGGGGUAUGCUUGGUUUUUCAUACUAUAAAAAUACGUUUUUUAUUACUACAAAUUAAUUAUUGCAUUCCUAAUCAAGAUCCACGAUUAAGUAUUAAGUACUCCAAUUUAAGGUUAUAAUUUUAGGGUAAAAAAUUUAUAGUUUGAAUGCUUGUAAUGACAAUUAUAAUACGGUAGUUAGCGAGACUGUACGAGUUUGUGAUGAGUAGAUUUAAAGAGCGGUUAUACUGGUUGUUAAACUUUAAUCAUUUUUCGUACAGACAUAUUUGAAUCUUGUAAGUAGGUGAUAUAUAAAUUCUUACGUCUGUUAGUCCCUUAGAAUAGAAUAUAUACAUUUUGAGAUUUUUGUGUCUAGAUUUCGACUUAUAUUGUGUGUCGUCGGCGCCUAGUUAGUUAGCCUGGGCAAAUGAGACUUAACAUCUUGUCUCAAGGUGACGAGCGCAGUUGUAGUGCCGCUCUGAAUUUUUCUUCUGGUCUUUGAAGAAUCCUGUUGGGAAGAAUCGGCAUUGUAUGGACAGGGCGUAUCGAUUACCAUCAGCUCAACGUCCUGCUCGUCUCGUCCCUUAUUGUCCAGUUCCUUGAUGAGGGUUUUAUUCCCGGGAUGGUUGAAACCAGAAAGUUCGGGUUGAUGAUAUUGUGUGAAUAAGAGCCAGCUUAGAUUUUCGAAAUGCACAUGUGUCAGAUCUGGUUAAUUAGUUCGAGGAAUAUUAUAAUAAUCAAAACAGAACAACCGAAUAAAAUAUUUAACACGGCACUGACACAUUGAAAUGAUGUAAAAAGUAUGACAUAAUAAACGUUAACAAAAAGUACGUGUUCGUCAAUUGCAAGUGUGAGUGUAAACAAACGUUAAUGAAUGUCAAAAUGCGUCCCAAUAAAUACUCUUUCAACAGAGAUUCAAAUAUUUUUAUUCAUUCGAAAUAGUGUGGCUCAGACCUGAGAAUAACAGGCGCAAGAAUCUCUGCGGUUUUUUUUUAAAUAAAAAUAUGGAUUAAGAUGUAAUAUCGUACAAUAAACAUUUAUAGUUAAAUAGCCUCUGGGUGAAGGUGAAGAAAAACAUUUAUGUAAUAAUAACUUUUACAACACAAACGCAUUUUAACAAUUUUUUAAAUUUCGUAACACAUUUGUUUUGAAUAUUUUCUGGGAUCAUGUUGUAAACGCAUAUACAUCGCCCAAUAAAAGACUUACAAACUUAAUUUAACCGAGUAGUUGGCAUAACAAUUUUAUGUUUGUUUGUUUGUUACAAUCAAUUGAAGAAGUAAACUUUAAAAUAGUUGCGUCACUAUCUAUAUUAACAUAAUAUAACCUUUCUUAUCAGUCCAUAAAUUACAAAUUUUUAUUCUUCAAAAUGAUUAAUUAAUUGGAGUCGUUUUAUAUUUCAUCAUUUGCCUUCCCUGGUUGUCGAAAUUGUGGGGGGGUCUUUAAAUAUUUUUAUUUGUUUUUGGGUAGAAUAAAGUCUAAAAUAAGAUCACAUAUUUGUGAAAAUCGACAUUUGAUUUCAACUAUCUUUAAAGAUCCAAUUUUUACCAAUCUUACAUUUUGUUCAUGUUUGUUGGUUGCUAUUUCUUAACAUUAUAGUCUACAGACUAUAAUAAAGGUACACCUUUACAUUAUAAGUUGGUGUGUUUUUUAUGGAAGAUAUGGACAAACGAGCGUACCUUCGGGUUACCUGAUGUUAUAUGAUCACCGUGGUCCAAACUGUCUUACGACGCCAUAGAAUUCCCAGGAGGCGGGCCUGUUAGGAAGUUGGAAGAGUGUGACAUAAAAACGGACAGAUAAUUUAUUUGUUGUUUAUGGUAUAUAUAUUUUAUAAGAUAAAAAAUCUAUAGCUUCUAGCAUUAAUCUUCAAAGAUAAUUCAUUCCUAUAAUUUUAUUCAAAUGCCGGGUCAACAGCGAUGAGAGCUACAGAACGAAAAUGUAAGGGUGUGUGUGUACAAAACAACUGAUAACAGUGUUCCGCGUAAUACACUCACAAAUCGACGACGAAUAGACAGCUAGUGUUUUUCAGUGUAAAACUUUGUGUAAAAAUGUAACUGUCAAAAUGUGUCCCAAUCAAGACGCAUUUGAGUCACGCUAUGCGCGGGCUUAUAACAUGUCUGCUCCUUUUUAAUAUAUACUGCCAACGUUCAUCUAUAAUUGUAAAAUAUAUACCUAUAUAUUUGAUAAGUGUAGAUAAAAGAAAGUAUCUUGUUUUUGAUGAUGUUCAUCAUUCUAUCUUUCCAUACGUUGAAUUUGUAAUUCACGUAGGUAAUAUAGAUCUGUUUUAAAUCUAAAGUGUGAUUGAUAGGUUUGAAAGUGAAAGUUUGAAAGUGGCAAAAUUAAUUGGAGUUGAAAAAAAAUAUAAAUUAUAUCUAUACUCGGCAUGGGCGUAUUUUAAUUCGAAAUAAAUUGGUUGAGAUUCAUUCUUAUAAAUUUUUCAACUAAAAAUGACAUGUUUCGCUGAAGUUCAAAUAAAACCAAAAAUAUGUACUAAAAUUGAACACCUGACACCAAGCAAAAAAACACAUGUUAAUGUGAGUUAUUAAUUCGUGGUAAUUCUAUUUGUUGUAUCCUCAUAAAUUGCUUUCUAAGAAACUAUGGUAUACAUAAGUAUGGUAAGGUAUAAUGGUAUACGUCAAUAAUGACGUAUUGACGGCGAAUUCUUAAAGUCGAUAACUUAUUUUUCUUCGAACUUCAAAUGCUUCUGUCCUUUACCUUUCUCCAGCUCGUAUCGUCCACGUUUCCACUCGAUACAAGAUAAUUGCGAAUAUAACAGCGCGUAAUAACCGGUUCUUUGUGGCAUCGGUAAUUCCCUUUCUCUUCCACAUGUUACUGAGUCGGGUCAUGGCGUCCGUAUCCAUACCUAUACGUCUCUAAAUCUCCGGUGCGCAACUCCCACACUUGUAUAUUAGACCCCCCGGCAUGAUGUUGGCAAUGCUAGGCAGUUUUCCGGCACCUACCUUAUUAAGAUAUCUUUUUAUCUAUAUAACUUAAGAUUAUGUAAUUAAAACAGAUGAUUAUAUAAAUAGUCCAUAAUGUAAACGGUUAUAGGUUAAAUCUUAAAGAAAGUACUUAAUUUUAAAUAUUUUUUCCAAUCCAAAUCGAGGAAAAUGGAAUCGAGCAAAAUCAAAUUUAUUUUUAUAUAUAAAUACUCCGAUAGAAGAAUAGGAUAUUACUUAUCAACUUUCACCUUAGAUUUGAUAGAAAGUAUUGUGAUUUGUCGGUGAAAUACUACAAAUAAUUAUAAGAUAAAUUAUUUUAAAGUGGUGGCUGGAAACGCUUAAUAAAACUUUUAAAUUCAUAA